AUGGAGGAGCAACCCUUGUUGCGCCUCUCCCUCCCUUUAGCACUCACUAGCUUACCGUCUCUCUGCAUCUGCUCUGCUGCUGCCGUCGAAAAUUCGUCGAAACAUACGAUGCCGUCCGCCAGAUCUCCCAAGAUCGCCAACAGAUCUCUACCAACCUAUCUAAAAUUACUUGCAGUACCUGCCUACCUGCCAGGGAAGGUUACCUUGGUGACUGACACUGGCCGGGUGGCCGCUCAUAUUGCUCAGCAAAGUCAGCAUGUCUGGGGCAAGACGGGCACAUCCAAUGAACGCGCGAGUAAUAACCUGGGGGCGUAA